CGCCCGGCCGUUCGGUCCCCAGCGGCGUUCUCUGCCGCUUCCCUCUUCUCUCCCCGCCUCCCGGCCUCCGCACGGACGCGGCCGGGGCGGGAGCCGAGCCGGAGUCGAGCGGGAGCUGAAGCCGGAGCCGCAGAGACGUGGAAUCAUGAAGGCCUGAGCCUGCGUGCGCCACCCUGGCUGCGGCGGCGACGGCGGCUUCUUCCGAUCCCCCCCUUGCCACCAACUCGUGUGUCUGUGGAGCUGGAAACGGAUCUGCCCUGCGGCUGAGACAGGUUGUCUUGUGGAAAUGAAGGCUUAAGGGCAAGUUAUCUACCAGAUUAGAAGAUGGGAUCGAACAGCAGCAGAAUCGGUGAUCUUCCUAAAAAUGAGUACUUAAAAAAGUUAUCGGGCACAGAAUCUGUCUCUGAGAACGACCCGUUCUGGAAUCAGCUUCUCUCGUUUUCUUUCCCUGCACCAACCAGCAGCAAUGAGCUGAAGCUUUUGGAGGAAGCAACCAUUUCAGUCUGCAGGUCUUUAGUUGUAAACAACCCUCGAACAGGAAACCUUGGUGCGCUAAUUAAGGUCUUCCUUUCUAGAACCAAAGAACUAAAACUUUCAGCAGAAUGUCAGAACCACCUCUUCAUUUGGCAGACACACAAUGCUUUGUUUAUUAUUUGCUGUUUGCUGAAAGUGUUCAUCUGUGAGAUGUCAGAGGAGGAACUGCAACUUCAUUUUACUUAUGAAGAAAAAUCUCCCGGCAGUUACAGUUCUGACUCUGAAGAUCUUUUGGAAGAAUUGCUCUGUUGUUUGAUGCAGUUGAUCACUGAUAUUCCACUCCUAGAUAUUACGUAUGAAAUCUCAGUUGAAGCUGUAUCAACAAUGGUGGUUUUCCUUUCUUGUCAACUCUUCCACAAGGAAGUUUUGCGACAGAGCAUCAGCCACAAGUAUUUGAUGCAAGGUCGAUGUCUUCCAUAUACCAGCAAACUUGUGAAAACCUUACUGUAUAACUUUAUCAGACAAGAAAAGCCACCCCCUCCAGGAGCACAUGUGCUCCCACAGCAGUCAGAUGGGGGAGGACUGCUCUAUGGGCUCGCAUCAGGAGUAGCAACUGGCCUCUGGACUGUCUUCACCCUGGGUGGUGUGGGCAGCAAAGCAGCUGCCUCUCCAGAACUGUCUUCCCCUCUGGCCAACCAGAGUCUCUUGCUUCUGCUGGUGCUGGCCAACCUGACAGAUGCUGCAGAUGCGCCAAACCCCUACAGACAAGCCAUUAUGUCCUUUAAGAAUACGCAAGACAGCAGUCCUUUCCCCUCAUCAAUUCCACACACUUUCCAGAUUAACUUCAACAGUUUGUACACAGCCCUGUGUGAACAGCAGACAUCUGACCAGGCAACUCUCCUCUUGUACACAUUGCUGCAUCAGAAUAGUAAUGUUAGAACAUACAUGUUGGCUCGCACAGAUAUGGAAAAUCUUGUUUUACCAAUUCUUGAGAUUCUGUAUCAUGUCGAAGAAAGAAAUUCACACCAUGUGUAUAUGGCCCUUAUAAUAUUAUUGAUCCUCACAGAAGACGAUGGCUUUAAUAGAUCAAUUCACGAAGUGAUAUUAAAAAAUAUUAGUUGGUAUUCAGAACGGGUUUUAACUGAAAUUUCACUGGGGAGUCUUCUGAUACUGGUUGUAAUAAGAACCAUUCAGUACAACAUGACGAGGACAAGAGACAAGUACCUUCACACCAACUGUCUGGCCGCUUUAGCGAACAUGUCGGCACAGUUCCGUUCUCUCCAUCAGUAUGCUGCCCAGAGGAUCAUUAGUUUGUUUUCCUUGCUGUCUAAAAAACACAACAAAGUUCUGGAACAAGCCACACAGUCCUUGAGAGGGUCACUGAGUGCCAACGAUGUUCCUCUACCAGAUUACGCACAAGACUUGAAUGUCAUCGAAGAAGUGAUUCGAAUGAUGUUAGAGAUCAUCAAUUCCUGCCUGACAAAUUCUCUUCACCACAAUCCGAACUUGGUGUAUGCUCUGCUUUACAAACGAGAUCUCUUCGAACAGUUCCGAACUCAUCCUUCAUUUCAGGAUAUAAUGCAGAAUAUCGAUCUGGUGAUCACCUUCUUCAGCUCACGACUGCUGCAGGCUGGGGCUGAGCUGUCGGUGGAGCGGGUCCUGGAAAUCAUCAAGCAGGGGGCUGUCGCGCUGCCCAAAGACCGGCUGAAGAAAUUUCCAGAAUUGAAAUUCAAAUAUGUGGAAGAGGAGCAGCCCGAGGAGUUUUUUAUCCCUUAUGUGUGGUCUCUGGUCUACAACUCAGCAGUAGGCCUCUACUGGAACCCCCAGGACAUCCAGCUCUUCACGAUGGAUUCCGACUGAGGGCCGACACCAUCUCCCACCCUCACCUCCCUGCAGCCGAGCAGCCCUUGUAGUUACUUUCUUCCUGGGGGAACAGAAGUAGACAGAUUGCCCAAUGUACCUUCCAGUGGAGAGGAUCACACAGGCGUGCUUCCCUUACACACUUGGAUGUGGAGAAUUGGUGACGGUUGGCAGGAGAUCGCUCAGCUUAGAUUGUAGUGCAAAAAAGGGGAGAGGGGGGUAUGCGACAAUAAUAAAUGUAAAAACCUGCUAUUCCACAUGCAAUUUUAUUUCUAAACCAAAAAUCUAGAGCUUUUCCAGGAACCCGAUGCCUUAGGCAUGUAACACUUCACCAGUACAUACUGUUUUUUUCUUUGCAUGUUCAAGAUUUUUGUUUUGGUCCAGUGUGUGCACACAUGCACGUGUGUGUGUGUGUGUGUGUGUGUGUGUGUGUGUGUGUGUUUUCAACAUAGAGAAAUAUCUGAAAAGAUGACGAGACAGGAAUUAGUAAGGAAAUGAAAUCAUAUGUAUGAGGGGUUGCCUUCUAGAGGGCCCGUGAUUUAACAGACACUAUGCCCGGGCCGUGGGAUGUGAGCCUUUAGAUCAGAUCCUCUGCAUCUUUCAAAGAAAGAAGUGGCUCCUUCUUAUAAAGCCCAGAUUAGCUUUACUGUGGCUUUGGCCUCUGAGCUGUAGCUGAAUUAAAUUGGAGUCUAGCACAAAUUAAGUUAAUCUACUCUGUAUUAAUCAUUGGGAAAAGAAAAGCUUCAUUUUGAAAGCAAUCUUUUUUCUUCAACCAGGCUAUUAGAAGAAAAGGAGACCAAUUUGAUUAAUACAGUAUUCCACAUGAGAUUAAAAACAUGUUUUUCUCUUCAUUUCUGACUUUGUUUAAACUCUUUUGGGCCCUGAACCAGAGGAAGAAGCUUCUCUGAGGGAAACCGUGCCAGGGCUGCCCUGAGCAGAGCGUGCCUGCCAGAGCCACGGGCGCUAAGGGCAGAGUGCGAUGGGCCUGUGGAGUCGGGGUCUGAGUCCACGACCACCCUCUCACAGCCCGAAUGAGGAGCCUCGUCUCAUUCUCAAAGACACGAAAAGUAUUUGCUUUUCUGCAUACAAAGCGUGUAAUCCCAAGUGAGACUGAACACCCCACGUCAGGUGGCUGUUGCUGAUCUGUCGAGAACUAGCUUCUCUCCUCUCCCUAUGUCCCUGGGCUGGACGCCGGGGUCCUUUUGGUCCAUCACAAUCUCAGAGUGCCUAGGAAGAACUAUCUUCAGUCACAGCAAGCUCUGGAAAGGUGAAGAACACACCAGCACGUCAUGCCCAUCUGUGUGGCUUCUACCCAUGAAAAGCCUGGGCUGCUCCAUCUCUUUGGUGGGCUUUUGGGGGCCAACCAGGUGGUUUCAUCUUCGUCAUCAGGACAGGCACUGGAGCUGAAGCUCCCUGAGGCUGACUGACGGACAGACGGACGAAUGAAGGGGCAUCGCUGGUGGCUGGACGCAGGAGGCAAGUGCAGAUGGUCCACGGCCUCCUAGGGUCUUGCGCUGUGCAGUCCUCUUCUGUCACGCGAGGCUGGGUGGCUCCUGUAAGAUCACAGGGACAGGGCCGCAGACAGACGAGGCGUGGCAACAGCUCCUGUUCAGUGGAGCCCCAGGGGCGAGGCUGUCUGAAGGUGGAAAUGUCCGUCCUCCCAGUCUGAAUGGCGAUCAUUUCAGGUAGCCGUUGUUUCGUGUUCCCCACAUGGGGAGACAAGAGACAGCUUGAAUUUGUUUCCAGCGCAUUUUGAUUUGCUUCCUUUCCUUUAAACCAAAACACACAAUGUUAAAAGGGUCGCGUGCAGCACCUGAACCUCUGUCAGGACCUGGACCUGGGCAGUGCCAUGGGAUAAUCACUAGGCUGCAGGCCUGUCGGUUCUUGGGAGGGAGGAAAUGGGGUCCCCCAAAAGCCAGAGAGGCCCAACAACCACGGGGCCCUUGACUGAGGGGACCUCACCGGUCCCUCCCCAGGCCACCUGGCUCACCAAGGUGCCUCCAAAGCCCCAUUCUCCAGCAGGCUCCUCUCCCCCGCCCCCCCUUAAUGAACCAAGCUGCGGAAGUGCUCACUGGCCUGAAAGCUCCGCCGCGGCCACGGCCUCAGGCAGCACGUGGGCACACGCUUCCAGACUCCACUGCGUCACUGCUUCAGCUCGGGAGACCCACUGGGAGUCUCCUCCUGGUUUUUGUGAAAGAUUUAUUACGUGACAAUAAAUUUAACUGACAAACUU